AUGGAAGCGCGCGAUGCCAUCGUGUCGUGGCUGGAGCAGGGUGACAACUUCCUGCGCGUGACGGCCGCGUCCCCGUUCUCCCCGCGCCGAGGCCGCGCUGGAUUCCGCGACGUGGCACAGACCGAGGGCGCAGCGCUGGGCGAGCUCGCGGCCUUCGUGAACCGCAGCCUGCCGCGCGCCAAUUGGGACGCCAAGCACGCCCGGCAGAUGCUCAAGCACUACCUGCUGCAGUACCGAUCCACGGCGGAGGCGGCGGCCGGUCCGCGAUUCUCAUUGGACGAGAGGGAUGCGCUGCGCGGGCUCAAGACGGUGCAGGACAAGCUGGACAACAUGUGUCGCCACUUCCAAAGACUCCAGCAGCUGCACGAGCACGCGGGCGCGAGGGACAUGGUGACUAUUAGGAGGAGGUCAGCGCUGCAGAGAACGCAGAGCCAGACGCAGCAGCAGACAGCGUACGUGAAGCUGCACUUUGCCUUGACGGAGGCCCAACGCAGAGAGCGGGAGAUGGAUGUGAUGCCCGAGAGUGACUUGAGCAAUUCGUGUGACAACAGUGAGGCGGACAAGAAUGCAGCGGGGCAGAUAAUGUUGCAGUCGAUGGUGGGUGUAUCUAUUCAGUCGGCGCAAAGCGUGCACAGGGAGACGCGGAGGAGUGUCAACAAGCAACAGGAGCAGAAGAAAAAGCAAGUGCCACAGAAGCAGGGGGCUAAGGAGAAGCAGGUAGAGGCGCCAGAACUUCCCGUUCUUGAGCCGACUUCGGACGAGGAGGAUGUGGAUGAAGAGCUUCCGACGCUAAGGCGGUCGACUCGAGCUAAGCGACAGUCUGCAGGGAAGGCGGUUCGUCCGAAUCAAGAUUCACCGGCGAGAAAGAGGACGAGGCCCGAGUCAAUCGCUAAGAAAGCUGACCAAGUGGAGGUAGCGGACGUGGCGCCCACGCAAACCACUCAAGGCGCCAGCACUUCUGCCUCGGAUGAGCCUCAAGAUUCCCCGGUCAACGACGAGAAUACUCCAAGCCUCAAUACUCGGAGUCAGCAGCGAAGGCUUGUCUGCAAGUUUGCUACAGCUUCGAAGCCUUCGCAACCAGCAACCAGGCCGUUGUCGGGCAAUACUCAACCGAAGAAAACCACACUCGCUGAUGCGCCUCAACCCGAAAAGCAGCUUCCUCAAGAGCCUGUGUCGCAUCCUUCCAACCAUGAUCGCACCCGAAAAUCGACACCAGCCUCCGCCGUACCGGAAGCCUAUCGGUCGGCAAUUGCGGAGGUUAUCUCGCAGCGGAAGCAGUUGAUGUCUCGUAUGGGCAAUGAUUCUCAGGCCUCACCGGUCCAGGAGAAACGCCAGCGUAGUCUCAGUGAGAGCGAUUACGGUCUAAGCGAUAUCGACCUCCCCUCUCCAGACUCCAAGCGAAGCACACCUAGCAAUAACGCACAAAGCUCCAAGUCUGCUCGCGCGCCACGAAGUCGACACGAAUCAGGCCCUACAGCGGGUCUCCUCCCGCCUCUCAUGGACGCAUUUCGUACCCCAAGUGGCAAGUCGAAUCUGGAGCGAAAGCGCGUAUUUCACCGAGCCAAGGAGCUCGCGUUCGAGCAGCUCAAGUGGCACCGCGAGAACGAGUUACAGCAGUACGAGCUGGAGCUUCUGCGCCGCGAAAUGGAGGCGCGCGAGGCCUUCGCGCAACAAGAGCUGCAGCUAAAGAGGAUGCGCGUCCGGGCUGACACCAUUCAGCACAUGGUUUCCGCUGGCGCCAGUGUCAAGGAUAUCGCCGAGCAACGGCGGUGCUAUGUCUGUUUGGUGCCGGUUGAGACUAAAAAGUCGCAGUCGAUGGAGCAGCCGAUGGAGCACGUGCCGACGUCCGAUUCGCAGCGCGACGCCAUUGUGGAGUGGCUGGAGAGCGACGACAAUUUCCUCCGAGUGACGGCGUCUUCAGCCCCGGCAGCGCCCCACGGACGUCGCGGCUUGGGGUGCGACCCCGUGCAUGCGGAAUUGGUCGAGAGCAACGCUCUAAACGAACUGGAGGCGACGGUGAACGCGGCUUCUCCUCGAGCCAAAUGGGACGGCGAACACGCCAAGCAAAUGCUGAAGCACUAUCUGUUGGAGUUCAAGUCGACAGCAAGAGCAGCCGCCCAGCCAGGCUUCAUGUUGAGCAAGACGGGCGAGAGCUUCGGUAUUAAGACGAUCGAGGACAAGCUGAACUGCAUGUGCCGCCACUUCGUCCGACUGCAGAUGCUGCACGACCCGAGGAUCAGAGCGGCGAUGAGGUGGAGAGCGCUGUUAAAGGAGAGGUCCAGGAGAAGACGAGCGGUGGCGAUCUGA